AGAAUUCGUAACAUGCCGGUAAUUUCUCUCUCGUUGUCUAAGCUCUUCAUGACCAUAACUGGUCGUUACUGUUUCCAUUCCUCUCUCGUCCAGAGUGCUGCAGCCAGCGAAUCAAGCUUGAAAGAUUGCCGAUGCAGAGAUGACCGUCAUCUACAUCAUCCUUUAAGAUCGUUGUUGCAAUGGUACUCGAAACGGAAGACAGUCGACCUGGAGAUCCAUGGGAAACUUUACCUAUCGAAUUUCUGAUCAAAGUUCUCAGAGAUCAUGUGAUCAAUGGAUCACAAGGAAUAUUACUUUUGAAUCCAAGAGGCUAAUCGCUGCUGAUGGAGGUCUCCUGUGUUUUAAUAAACGUUUGUCAACAGAAUUUGUUCUGUAUAACCCAGUUCCGGAUAAAUUCCUGACCCUGAUUGUACCUCAUGAAAUUGAUGCAAUACCUGCGGUCAUUGAUGGGAAGGUCAAAUUUAUGGUGGUGGGCUUAGUCGUGGACCGAUCUGCAAAGCACUUCAAGCUGCUUUUGGGAGGAGUUCUACUGCCAGAUGAUCGCAGAUCUUUGAUUUACGACUCGACGACCGGCACAUGGUCGUGGCUUGCUCAUCCGUUUCCUGUUAACGUGGAACUGGGGUGGCAAGGAGGGAAAUGUGUAUCAUGUGGUGGAUGUUUGUAUUGGCUCCAAUGGGAUUCUACAUAUCUGACGAAGGCUCUCUUGAUAUUUGAUCUGCGAGAGGAGAAGUGGACUGCCAUUUUAGAGAAAGUCGAGGAGGACAGGCCAGGCUCCAUUCAGAUUGCUGCGUAUGAAGAACAUGUGUGCUUACUUCCUUCCUUCGACGGGAUGUUCGAUAUCAGGAGCUAUGAAGACGCAUUUCUCCGGCAUCCAAUGGUCCGGGCAAUGGAUGGAGCUCUGAUUGAAAGAACUCGAGAAUUAUGGGAAGGAGAAGAAGGCAAACCUUUCCACCUUUAUGCCGCAGGAGGCAGUGAUGCCUUCUUUGUCUUCGAUCAAGAAUAUAAAGAACUCGUUGUGGCGAAAUACUCGGCUCGAUUCUGCUCGCUGUUUUCUCUUCCCGACCCUCCUUUUCGCGAAAUCCAUGACUUUGGUUUCUGGAGACUUCUGCCGCAAACCCUCCAGGAACCAUGGUGUGCAAUAAUUCCAACUCCCGGAGUAAGUGCAGAGCAUGAGUGGAUAACACAGCCGCAUAGAGAGCCGCAGGAGGAGGUGCUGGAAGCUCCGAGAGAAGAGGCUGCGCCGAAAGCUAAAGCAGGAGGAGAGGAGGUGCAGGAAGGCUCAGGAAACGAAGAGGCAUUGGAAUUCCCGGGAGAAGAGGGGCAGCAUUAGGAGCUCCAAGAAAGAUCAGUUUCUUAACCAGAACUAUAACAUUGUCUAAAACCAUCGAUAGCCAGGAUCGUUCGAAUCUUGAGGAAACUGGAGGCUUUGAAGAGAUUUUCCUCUGCUUGCGUUAUCGUGUUCUUGAACUGCGUUAGUAGUCCUCUACUCGAAGGAACUUGACUCAUAUGAAGCAAACAUGUCUUUCCGAUGUUCUCUUUGUGACAAGGCAUGUCUGCCAUAUCGUCAUGUUAUCAUCAGUAUGGAAGUAAUGACGAUAAUACACUUGGGUACAAAUAUAAGUCUUGUAGACG